AUGAACGGAUUCCAAGCACUUCUGACGUUCCUCGGCGUUCUCGUGCUGACGGACGGGGACCUGAUCGCGAAGUACCGCGGCGCCAGAAACGUAUACCAUGGUAGGUACACGAGAGACGUACACCAGCCGGAAUUCCUGAUACCGAAAAGAGUGUUCGAGGAUGGCAAGUUCGCCACAUACUCGCUGCCGAAUUUCUACAACCGGGACGAGCUCAGCAGGAGAAAAAGGUCGUCGGGGACGGACUCCGGGGCCGAUAAAUUGCACCUGGUGCUGCCAUUCAACGGGAUCGAGCACCACGUGGAGCUCGACCCGCACCACGAAUUCAUCUCGCCAGACAUGGUGAUCGAGACGAGGGGCGCCGGCCUCAGGACUAACCUGAACGAGGCGAUACGAUUCAAAAGAGCCCCGGAUCAGCAGUGCCAUUAUCGAGGUUUCGUCAGGGGCCACCGCGGAUCCAAGGCUGCACUUUCUUUGUGCGACGGCGUGGUCGGCUACGUGCAAACCGAUCGUGGACGGUACUUCAUUGAGCCGGCGAACGAAGCCGAACCGGAGCCCGAUGGCCGCCAUGUUCACAUCGCCUAUGAACGCAGCGUGGAGCACGAAGCCGCUGAAAAAGACGGGCAUCCACCGAAGAAAGCUUGCGGAGUCAGCGAUAACUGGGAGAUCGCGUGGGCGGAAGCGUUGGCCGAACGAGAGAAACGGUCGAUGAAGGAAAAAUCGUUGGUAGCGAAGAGGGCUGACAACCCUUAUUCCGCGACUCACAGCAUACAUCGAUUCCUGACGCUCGCGGUGGUCGCCGACAGGAUGUUCCUCGAUUACCACAACAACACCAACUACGAACAGUAUCUGAUGACGGUCAUGAACAUGGUGGCGGAUUUUUACCACGACGCCAGCACCGGCAAUCAAAUCGACGUGAUCCUCGUGCGGAUGAUUUAUUUGGAGAAGGAGAAGGAGGAGAUAGAUUUGCGCAUUACUCCCGCGGCCGAAGGGACGCUGGAGAAUUUCUUGAAGUGGGUGGAGAAGCUGAAGCCCGCCGACGAGAACCACCCUAAUCACUUCGACGCGGCUGUCCUCGUGACCAGGCACGACAUUUGCUCGCGUGGUACUAACUGCAACCUGCUGGGCCUGGCGUACGUGGGCACCGUCUGCGCGCCCAACAGAGCAGGCGCGAUCAACGAAGACACCGGCCUUACCCUUGGCAUCACGGUCGCUCACGAACUCGGUCAUUCGUUGGGCUGCGCCCACGACGAAGGCGGGCCGAACGCCUGCCCGCCGCAGGACUCCGACCAAAGCUACUAUGUCAUGUCGCCCUACAUCUUUUUCUUCACGAUCCGAUGGUCCCCGUGCAGCACGAAAUUCAUGACCGAGCUCUUCAGCGAGGGAUUGGGCGACUGUCUGAGCAACAACCCGCGAAAUCCGCCGGAGAACUUCAAGUUCCCGAACAUGCUGCCCGGCGCGAUGUACGACUCGGACUACCAGUGCAACAUGGUUUUGCCCGGCUCGAAGCACUGUCUAGCUUCGGAGGGCGAGUGCGAAAGGCUAUGGUGCACCAAGGAGGACAAGUGCGUGACUCAGGGCACCGGGGUGGCCGACGGGACGAAAUGCGGCGAGAGCAAGUGGUGCAUCCACAAGAAAUGCGUGGAUAUGGGCACCAGACCGAAGGCGGUGCACGGCGGAUGGGGCGAAUGGGGUCCCAUGAGCAAAUGCAGUCGAACCUGCGGCGGCGGCCUGAAAACUUCUGAGCGGGAGUGCAACAAACCGUAUCCAUCGAGCGGUGGCAGGUACUGCAUCGGAGAGAGGAAGAAGCUAGCCAUUUGCAACACCCAGCCCUGCGACCCUACGAAACCGCCGAUCCGGGCGGUCCAGUGCACGUUGUACAACAAAGUAAAAGUCUUUGCGGACGGUAUCCUCUACACGUGGAGGCCGCACGUGGACAAGGACUUUCCUUGCGCCUUGUUCUGCGUCAACGAGAAGAACGUAAGAACAAGGGUGAAUCCGCAAGCGAACGACACGACACCCUGCAGACCCGGAACGAACGACAUGUGCAUCGGAGGCGUCUGUAGGAAAGUGAGCUGCGAUUGGAUCUUGGACGGUUCCGCGGUGGAGGACAAAUGCGGGAUCUGCAAAGGGGACGGCACCAAGUGCAAAAAAAUCGAGGGAGUGUACGACAAGCAAAUAGGGCCCAAGCAACGUACGUUUCGCUACCGCGCCGAUGUGACGACGAUUCCGAAAGGGGCGCGCAACAUCGUCAUAAUGGAGACCAAGCCGAAGAAGAAUCUCCUGUCGAUAAAAUACGCAAAAGGGGAGAAAAGCUGCCUGAACAAUGAUAACCGCGGAUUCGCGAGCGGCGAUUACGAGUGCGCGGACGCGAUGCUGGUUUACACGCAUCCCGAGUCGGAGAAGGAGCACAUCAGCAUGAAAGGGCCUAUCAGCGAUGACCUUCUUCUCCAGUACGUAUUUUACGGGAGCGACGCAAACGAGAACUUCGAGGUGACUUGGUCGUAUUACGUGUCGGCAUCGAAUCCCGGGUACACGCCGAAAUACCUGUGGGACUUUACGGAGUGGUCGUCCUGCGACGCAAAAUGCGGCGGCGGCACAAUGAUCUCCGAGGCGACGUGCAUCGAGCAGAACUCUGGCAAAGUCACGCCCAAUUUUUGCGAGUCCAUUCCCAGACCGGAAACGAAGAGCCGAUUGUGCAACGUGGAAGCGUGCCCUGCGAGGUGGCGAGUGAGUCAAUGGAGCAGGUGCAACGCCUGCAACGGCAAGUCGGGCUGGAAGCAUCGCAAAGUGCAGUGUGUAAAGCCGGCUUCCCGUGCCGGCGAGGACGACGUGCAGGCAAACUUUGACGCGUGCAAGGGACGCGUGCCAAAACAAAAAGAGGAAUGCGUCGUGAGUCAAUGGAGCAGGUGCAACGCCUGCAACGGCAAGUCGGGCUGGAAGCAUCGCAAAGUGCAGUGUGUAAAGCCGGCUUCCCGUGCCGGCGAGGACGACGUGCAGGCAAACUUUGACGCGUGCAAGGGACGCGUGCCAAAACAAAAAGAGGAAUGCGUCGGUCAGAGACCGUGCAAGAAAACCUGCCCGAAACCGUCCGGCGACACCGCCAAAGCUCCCGAGAAACGGACGAGAUCUACGGAGAAACGUGCCAAGAUGAUCGACGCGGUCGUGGAUCUGAAUCUGGCGCGAUACCUGGAGAAGUCAUACGGAAUCCGAAGCGGUGCCGACGAAUUGAGCCGUAUAGGGGACACCGACGGCUACCGUCAGGUGUUGCGCGACUGGUCAGCCGCGGUCGAAAACAAGGCGAAGCGCAACAGUUGCAUCCCAGUGAAGAAUCUAACGUACCCGAAGCUGGGCUCGAUCAUCAAAGACGACAUCCCGGUAGAAUCCAUGAUGGUGGUGGAAGCCCCGUACUUGGACGAGAAUUUGCAACAGAAUUUAUCCGACAAAGCUUACCAGGAAGCCGGCGACAGGGUCGGAGUCAGCAUCGACACCUCCCGGGAGAAGGUCUAUCACGGAGAGGAGGCCAUCAAGAAGAUACAGGAGAUCACUGGGCAGAACGAGAGCGCGAUGCCACCGAGCCGUUCGAGGUUUACGUACGAUCGGCUGGCCAGGCUCGUGGAUCCCGUCGAUCAGAGAUAAUCGACGGCCAAUUUCAGUCCGAUGUUAAUUUAAGAGUUCUAGGGGCUUUGCCAGUGACUAGCCUGGCUUUAGAUUGUAUCUAGGGACCUCGAUCAAAGUCGACGGGGAAUUCUUCGGAUCGUAUUUAGACCGUAUCUAGACGAUAAGAGUUGAAAAGAUUUGUUAGUUUACGCGCCGAUUUAUGUACGACAAAUAAACAUGCAUGCUUCGAUCGCAUUGGAA